AUGGAAUUCAAAAGAACGUGCAAAUGGCCUGGAGGUCGCCAGGGUGCGUCUGGAGCUGGCGCUGGACGCGUCAGCUGUGUGCAAAGUACUGCAAGACCACCCAGCAGCCUUUCGCAUUCAUCAUCACCACCAGCUGGCUUAGUGCCGGCAGAGUCUUCGUGGGUCCAGCAAUCGGUAACCGCACUGGUGGAGUACGUGGCAUGUAAUGGACAAUCCAAGUUUGGGAAACAGGUUGGAGGUUUUGCGUACCGGACUAGGAUGCAUCGUCUUUUUACUGACCUGGAGCCAUCUAUAACCGUCACCGAGCAAAAUCUGGCAGACCGAGUUCAGAAUAAUCACACUUGA